GCAGUGCAGGGUGAAAUGGCGGCAGAGAACAGGAUUGGAAAAGCGAAAUGGAAGAGAAAAAAUUGAUGAGGUUGGGUGUUGAAAUUGAAAUGGAGACAAGUGGGAGGAGCGAGCAGACAGGUCGGGAGGAAGGGAUUGGGAGCAUGUUUGGGAAUUCUAUUAUUAGGAAGGAGGGAAUGAAAUUGUGUGUAAAGGAAAAAGCCAUUUUCCGCCAUAAGCCCUCUUCAGAGAAACAGCGGUCCAUUGGGAUUUCCCGGCAAUGGCCGCUGGUCGCUCUUUCCUUCUCUUGCCGCUCUUCCUCCUCACUCUCUCCUUCUCUCCCGCUUGCCUCCCCAAUUCCGAGGACGACGCCCUCCUCCAGCUCAAACGAUCCUUCGCCCCUUCCUCCUCUCUCUCUUCCUGGAUCCCCAAUUCCUCUGCCUGCUCUGCCAGGUGGCUUGGCGUCUAUUGCACCAACAACCUCGUCGUCGGUUUGCACCUCUCUAAUAUGGCUCUCUCUGGCACCAUUGACGUCGAUGCCCUCCUUCGCCUUCCUGGCCUCCGCAGCAUUGGCUUUGUCAAUAACUCCUUCUCCGGCCCCAUCCCCCAAUUCAAUAAACUCACCGCCCUCAAGGCUCUCUUCCUCACCACCAAUCAAUUCUCCGGCCCCAUCCCUCCGGAUUUCUUCGCCAGCCUGGCCGCCAUCAAGAAAAUCGGCCUCUCUGGCAAUAACUUCUCCGGCGACAUACCCAACUCUCUGGCCAGGCUCCCCUUGCUUGUAGAGCUGCGCCUUGAUGACAAUGGAUUCUCGGGAGCCAUUCCGUCUUUCACUCAACACUUUCGAUCGUUCAACGUUUCCAACAACCGAUUGGAAGGACCCAUCCCCGAUGAAUUGGCCAGUUUCGGCGGGACGUCCUUCUCCGGAAACCCAGGAUUGUGUGGGAAAGUAGUGGGGAAGGAGUGCGAGGAGGAGGCGCGGCAACAAGGAGCAACGUCUGGGGAGAAAAGGACGGGAUUGGUGAGGGCGGUCAUUACGGUCAUAAUGGUUUCGAUAGUAGUGAUGCUGAUAAUAGUAUUGAUAAAGACGGCAAGGAGACAAGAGGGCAACAGAAACAUGGGAGGCAUCGGGGUUAGAAAGGACGGGGGAGGGGAAGAGGUGGUGCAAGUGCACGUGCCCAGCUCGAACCACAGCAGGACAUCGGGAUCAACUAAGAAAGGGUCGAAUUCGGUUUCGAAAAGAAAUGCCGUGGGGGACUUGGUGAUGGUGAACGAGGAGAAGGGCGUGUUCGGGCUGCCCGAUUUGAUGAAGGCUGCUGCGGAGGUGCUGGGCAACGGGGGCAUGGGUUCUGCUUACAAGGCCACCAUGAGCAAUGGAUUGUCCGUGGUGGUCAAGAGGAUGAGGGAGAUCAACAAGAUCAGCAGAGAUUCCUUCGACGCCGAGAUGAGACAGUUCGGCAGAAUCAGACACCCAAAUAUCCUCGCCCCUCUCUCCUACCACUAUCGCAAGGAGGAGAAGCUCAUCGUGUCUCAAUACAUUCCCAAAGGCAGUUUGUUGUAUGUCUUGCACGGGGACAGAGGAACGUGCCAUGGCGACCUCCACUGGCCCACCAGGUUGAAGAUUGUCAAGGGAAUCGCGAGGGGGUUGAGUUUCCUGCACUCUGAAUUCGGAUCCCACGACUUGCCCCACGGUAACCUCAAGUCCAGCAAUGUUCUGUUGAGCGAUGCGUACGAGCCGCUCCUCACUGACUUCGCCUUUCAUCCCCUCAUCAAUCCAAGCAGCGCUCCCCAGGCACUGUUUUCCUACAAAACUCCGGAUUACAUACAAUACCAGCAAGUGUCCCGAAAAACCGAUGUAUAUUGCCUCGGCACCAUUAUCCUAGAGAUCAUGACCGGCAAAUUCCCUUCUCAGUAUCACAGCAAUGGCAAGGGCGGCACCGACGUUGUGCAGUGGGUGCUCACCGCCAUUGCGGAGGGAAGAGAGGCCGAAUUGAUAGAUCCCGAUAUCAAAACUAACGACACCGAGUCUCUCAGUCACAUGCUGCAGCUUCUCCAGAUCGGGGCUAGUUGCACCGAAUCCAAUCCUCAACAACGACUUAACUUAGGCGAAGCCAUUAGAAGGAUAGAGGAGGUUCAAGUCUAACACACAAUGCAAGCCUCGUGUCAAUAUUCUAGCUUUCAUUCCAUUAGCUGUCAAGUUGCAUGCUUUGUAGGUCCGAGAAUUAUUGCAGUUUUAAGCAACAAGGUUCAUUAUACUCCUAUUAUUCGUUCGUGGAUCUCCUCCAGAAUGAGGCUAAUGGAUGCCCGACAAUCAAGCGAAACUCCGAUCCAACCAGACCGUGUGACGAGUCUCUUAUCUGCUAACACAAUCCUUGUUGUAAUUCUAAUCCAUUUCUGAUCGAUUGAAACCCUGUUUAGUGAAUUUUUAGUAGCUAGGAGUUACCAUUUAUAGCCGCGCGCCUCGCUGGAACUAGCAGUUUUCCCCUCCCCAUCCAUGUAUUCUCAGAUUGAGGAAUUGCUUUCAUCUCUCCCUCUCAUUCUUUGUAAAAAUUUUCCGAUGUUUUGUCAAUACAAAUUGGUACUUUCCAA